AUGGUGUCCGCCAAGGCCAACGCUAGUGAGGACGUCGUCCCGGAGUUUGUUGGGGACCUCAUCCCAUUUGACAAGGCGCGUGUCACUACGAGUGUGUCCCCGUGGACGGCACGAGGUGGAGGGUGGCUUUGUGUAGAAUGGGGAGGUGGGAGAAGAAGAACUCUGAAGGGGCAUAAUGCUGGAGCUAGUAGGCAAGCUAGCACCCAUGGAUUCGUGAACUGGCUUGGAUGUGUACUUGGUUGCCAGCGUUGGAUGAGGACGACGGCAACAAGGGUGACUAGUGAUAUUCAGUUUUUGGUAAUCCUUUUCGCUGCCACGUUCAGGUGCAUCACUCUGAUGCCCAUGAAGGGUGAGAUCUUGGUCGACACUAUGGAGAAGACCCUGAAGCCUGGUGGGUUCCUCAAAUCGGGACUGAUAGAAACCGAAGGGCCACUCGAAGCUGUCAAAGGGCACUUGUAG